CAAUGAAAUGUAGCAAUGAACCACAACAAUGAAAAUCAGAUAAUGUCACCCAUCGGGUAAUAAAUUGUUCUUUUACAGUGUAACAGUCUAUGAGGAAUGCACGCUACAAAUGAAAACAGUGAGAAGAGAGCUUGGAAGGAGUCCAUUUCUAUUGAGUCUUCGUAGGUUUAUAGCAUAUAUUGCAUACUUUGAAUUAAAAGAUUCCUCAGAGCAAUGGCAGUCAUAACCCUUAUUCUUUGAUAGACAAAGUAAUCUUUCUUGGCGUAAGCUUUCCUCUUCAUCCAUCAAAUAGCAAUCAAGUUAAAGGAACAUCCCUAAAGUCUUGAGGAGGUCACUAGGCCUAUCUUCUAAAUCCUCUCAUCUUCACUGAUUUCUGGUAUCUUUUUUAAAGUUAGGACAUGGAAAACACUCCAGUAAUUUUUUAAAAAAAUUACAUUUAAAAUUCCCUUUGAGUCUCUGUUGCACUUUUUUAGGGCAGAAUGUGGAUGAGUUUUCCCACAACAUGCAAAAAGAGUAUCGAUAUAAUUUAAAGCAAAUAUAGAGUACGUGAAACAAUGACAGAAAGAUAAAGCGUAUGGAUUAUUUUCCAUGUGAUUUGCUAACUAAACUUAACAAAAAGAGCCUCUGUUUCCCUAGCAGCGCUGACCCCAGGACAGUCUGCCAGCCCGGGAGCCCUAUCUUUGAACUGUAGUCAAAAGAAAUCUCAUUAAGGACGGUCCCCUCCUUUCACCUGAGGCCGUGUUUGUUUUCCGUAAGUAUUCUUUGGGAGCUGAGAUAAAGGAGGGGCUGAAAGGCGCCGGCAAGCGCCCAGCCCGCCACAGCCUUGAGACCCCCAAACGCCAUGGAGGCCGCAGCUCCGGGUCUCCCGCUCCGGGCCCCAGCGGGUCCCACCGCCCAGCGCUCCCGGCGGCAGCGGCAGCCGCCCCGGCAGAGGGAGCGCCCGCAGAGCAGCCCUGCUUUAUGGAGGCCCUGGAUGCUCACAGCAAGAGAUGGUGAAAUGCCAGAGAAUCAACAAAUGGGUCACAACAACUGAGGAAAGAUGCUUGUAUACUUUGUGUGGUGCAGAGGUGGAAGAUGUGCUCACAUCCCACAGCUGUGGAAGGCAAGAGUCAGAACUGGAUGGUCAAAUAACAAAUUUUAGAUCGAAAGGAGCCCUGGGGUUUCAACAUCCUGUGAGACUUUAUUUGCCCAAGUCCAAAUCCCAAAAGUUUCUUAAUAACAUUGGAGAGAAGGUUCUGGCAAGUUUUCCGGUACAAGCUACAAUUCAUUUCUACAAUGACGAUGCCGACUCUGAGGAAGAUGAAGAAGAAAUCAGUUCAGCCUAAUACGGAACAGUGGUCAGCCUUGACAAAGACAAUAUAAAAAUCAAGAGAUAAAAAAGCAACUGCAACAGAUGUAUGGACAAACAUCUGACUGAAAAAGAAAUACAUCAAAGAUCAUAAGCACACUAUUUAUAACUAUCUUAACAAGAAGAAUGAGUCAAUGCAACCAGAAACUAAGAGGAAAUCCUUUUGUGUUUUGAGAGACUUUUAAAUAAAACCCUGAAGACAAACAAAAGAUUACAAUGUUUUAAGUUGAGAUAGUUUAAGUAACAUGGAUUAAGAACAUUGGGAGUACUGUAAUUAGUUACUCACUAUUUUUUUACAUUGCAGUCCUGAUAAAAUUAAAAUAGGAUUGAUUAUGGGGCAAAAUAAUAUACUGUACAGCCCUGAAAUAACCCAAAGACUUUCAAACAACAUUUGUAAGAAUUUAAGUAAAGAAUGAUUUAAAAUGCAAAGACCAUUGCUUAUUAGCUCCAUGGUACAUAUCUAUUCUGAUAUAAACGCUGUACACCAAACUGACCUAAUCCAUUUCAAGAGAGAUUCCAGUAUAAACCUCUGUCAAGACAAGUUCUAAAAAACAAUUGUGGUAUUUUCUGGGGUUCUGUCUUUCUGUUAUUAUCAGAUUUCUCCCCUCUAAUCAGAAAAGUGCCUUUUUGUCAGUAAAGAAAAAGCCUUGAUUAAAAACUAUGAUUUAAUUUAA